AUGUCUUUUCCGUGGUUCAAUAUUCACGAGUUCGACGAGCCAUCAACAUCGCUGGAUGCCCUCCUUCAGUCGCUUCGGUUGUGGAAUCGUGCCUUAGACACCUUAUCUCGUCUCCACCCCAGUCGGAAGCCAGACACAGGCGAUGACAACCCAUUUGAGGUCAAGGACGAUGGUGGCAAGCAAGACCAGUCAGCCGGCGAGCAAUCAAUCCCGCACAAAAUCUUUCAGCCUAGGGCAUUCAUGGAGAGCAUUGAGUGGCGCAUCGCGGAAGGUCUUCUUGAGACGCUCUUUGCACUGGCACAUGCAUACUGCGCUAGAGGAUCUCCCCGAGAGGCCGAGUACUUCGUUCGGCAAGCCUGCGACUUCGCGGAAUCACUGAAUGCUCUGGCUACUGUUAGUCGUGCUCUGGCCCGAAGCGGAGAAAUGCUCUUGCAGCUCGGACACCUAGAAGAGGGCUUUGCAACACUUAUGCGAGCGACGAAUUUGCUCACGGAUGUAGCUGGCCCCGAUGCAGCAGAUCUCGUCCGUCUGCGUGGCGAAUACAACCAACGAAGUCGCAAUUUCGAAGACGCCCAGGUACUCUAUGAGAAGGCUAUAGUAAUGCUGGAUGAAUUGGACAAGACCUUUUCUACUCUCGAUGGGAUGGCCAUCAGUGGAAGGAGGUCAUCUGGAAGCCACCCGCGACUGUCGACUUCACAAGGUUCUUCAGAUGCGUUGUUACCCACCAUUCUUGCGGCAGUUCUACGACAACAUGUGUCAUUGCUCCAUGACGCGGGAGGAGAAUAUAAAGCGCUGUUAGAGCGUUUUACUUCAUUGCCAUUGAGCGCAGAGACUAAGGCAGAGAAAAGCGUUCUUAUGGCCAAGCUCACGCUCGACGAUGCAUAUGCGCAAUUUCGUGGUGAUAUGUUCUUGGGUUCCUUGGCUGAGUCCGUAAUCACCAUUCCGAUGGGAAUAUCGAGUCGACGUCAACCGGUCUUAUCAUCCACUGCUCGUGACAUCCUGAACCUGUUAUACGCCACCGAAGAUUCGCUGCAAGCUGAUAUGUCAGCUAUCGCAGUCAGAGGCAGUGUACCGCAUGUCCGAGAUACGUCCUUGGCUUUGGCGAUGAUUCGGGCAUUACGCAGCUCUCUUGGCGACAAAGAUUCAUCAAGCGCUUCGGUCAUUGCUCAUCUAUUUGACACUGCUAGUUCGAUCGCCCUUCGACGCGAAAUGCUCGAAGCAAUCAAAUAUAAAUUUUCCGACCCCGUAGCAUUUGACGAUCUGCAGUGGCCUACGAUGGCGUCUAAUGGGUCGCCAAUCCCUCACCAACUGAGUCGUCGACGUCUAAGGUUCGAUGCAUCUGAUGCCUUGGAUGACGAGUCAGAAGCGCUCUUAAUGUCACCGCAGCUCAAGGAGUAUUGGAAUGUCGUGAGACGAAGAUACCAGUCUCGACCCUUCGCUGGUAGCGAUGUAUCCUCGAGCUGUAAUGAUCUCCCAUUGCAUUGGACGAUUGUGAACAUCAAUGUCACUGAAGACAAGAGUUACAUAUUUGUUAGCCGGCAGAGGGCUGGCCAGCAAUCUAUGGUAUUUUGUUUGCCAUUGAAAGAGCGCAGGGACACUGAAGACAAUGAGCAUCUUUCGUUCCACGACGCCAUGACGGAGCUCGAAGAGAUCCUUCAUCUCAAUGACGAAGGAACUAGGCAAGCAGCCAGCGUCCAAAAAAAUAGCAAAUCCGCUCGUGCGACUUGGUGGGCUGGCCGCUCUGCACUUGAUGCAAGGCUGCGGGACUUGCUCCAGAACAUCGAGUUUUGUUGGUUUGGCGCAUUCAAGGCGAUCCUUAGUGCUCCGCAUGAGUAUGCUUCAACGGUUUUUUUGGCGCUACGAACGCGUAUUGAAAGCAUUUUCGCCGCGAGUUUGAUGAUGCGCGAUCAAAAGCGGGUACUUCAAGUCACUCUGGAUGAUGCACUGAUGGAAUGUUUUUCGGCACUUCCACCUGAUUGUCGCGACGAAGAAAUUGAGGACCUGGUCUAUUUCGUCUUGGAUCUGUACCAAUUCCACGGGAUCCCUGUGGCCAUCGCCGAAGUUGACGUUGAUCAGCUUGUGAUAGAUAUCAGAGACGUACUGAAGGAACAUGCGACGAAGAUCAAGGACAAGGUGACUACAGUGGACAAUAGCCACACCUUCCUCAUUCUAGACAAGAACGUCCAAGGCAUCCCCUGGGAAUCAAUCCCGGUCCUGAGAGGUCAAAGUAUCAGCCGAGUGCCCAAUAUGGACUUCCUCCUUGACAGGAUUGAGCUUGCUCGUCGACAACCACGAUCCAACGAUGCACAGAUACACAGCAACCAAGUCAAUACAGCUUCCCAGUCUCUCGUCGAUAGGAUCGUCCUAGACCCAGGGAAGACGUAUUAUCUACUGAACCCGAGCGGAGACCUGAAGAGCACGGAAGAUCGCUUUGCGAGCUGGCUGAAAAGUAUGCGGUCUGUAGGCUGGGACGGUGUCAUUGGCCGCCAACCCAGCGAGCAAGAACUCGUUGAUGCUUUGUCCCAGAACGACCUCGUCGUAUACUUCGGCCAUGGAGGGGCCGAACAAUAUAUUCGUUCGUCCAAGAUACGGCAUCUGUCACGGUGUGCAGCAACAAUGCUGUGGGGCUGCUCGUCUGGAGCACUGAAGCAUAUGGGCGACUUUGACCGCGUGGGGACACCAUAUAACUAUAUGUUGGCUGGAUGUCCGACUCUAGUAGCCAAUCUCUGGGACGUCACGGACAGAGAUAUCGAUAAAUUCUCGCAAGUCGUCUUUGAUGACUUACAGCUGACGCCGGUUGGUGUAUCUAGAGCGCAGGAGCGCAGCGACCAAGCAUGUUCCGUUGUUACCGCUGUCGCCAAGGCAAGAGAGCAUUGCAAGCUCAAGUAUCUCACUGGUGCUGCGCCAGUCGUGUAUGGUAUUCCGUUCUACUUGUAG